AUGAUUUUCAGUAUUAUCCUACUCUGGGGUGCAAUGGCAAAUGCCAUACCAACUCGAAAGUCCGGAACUCACUUGACGGUUCCAGAGUUUACCAAUAUAUUUGCUUUUGGUGAUAGCUACACCACAGUCGGCUUCCAGUACGGCGGCUCACAGCCAAAUGCCUCGAACCCGAUCGGUAAUCCCGCGCUUCCUGGGAAGACAACCUCUGGCGGAUACAACUGGGUCGAAAACCUGGUUGCCAAGUACAACAAAUCAGUCGUUCUUGCCUACGACUUCGCGAUAGCGGGAGCUACCGUAGACAGCAAUCUCAUUCCCCCCUAUCAACCCGCCGUCAAGUCCUUUGUCCAACAGGUCCAGAUCUUCCAAGAGCAUUACUCGAAUACUUCUGGCACUUGGAAUUCAAACGACUCCCUCUUUACAGCGUGGUUUGGGAUGAACGACAUUCCGAGAGGCGAGAACCUGAGCGACUGGACAACUAUAUCUGGCGAAACCGUCCAGCAAUACCUCGCACAAGCUCAAAUCCUCUAUGAUAUUGGCUCCCGGUAUUUCGUCUUCUUGGAAGUUCCGCCACUCCAGCGCACACCUCUGUUACUUGGAGAGUCGGCAUCGGCGCAGGAGGCCAUGGCUUCUGAUGUUGAUAAGUUCAAUAAAGCAAUCCGCAAAGGAAUCAGGGACUUUGCGCACCACAAUAGAGAGGCUACAGUGUGGAUGCUCAACACAACCAAUGUCUUCAACAAAGCCCUCGAUAAUCCGACUGCCUACGGAGCUCCAAAUGCGGUCUGCUACAGCUCCAAUGGAGUCAGUUGCCUCUGGUGGAAUGAUUACCACCCCGGUCAGGCAAUUCAAGACCUUGUCGCCCAGAGUAUUUCAGGUUUGAUCAAGAGUAGGGCACAUGCGAUAUGA